CAUAUCUAUCUGCAUGAUUUAAGGAUAAAUUUAAUAAAUAAUUUUUUUAAUUUUGUUUCAGUGUAUCAUAAGAUACAUACAAACACAUAAUCUGCUUGAUUUAGUAAAAACCAACCAUCACGCAGCAACGAUAGUUAGAAUGAUCAUGGCAGUACCUCAUUUUCCUCUAAAACCAAUUAAUGACCUUCCCGAGUCUUUUCAGAAAACUGGUGGGUUGGCACUAAUAAUAACUCUGGCAGUAGCAGUGAACCUCUUUUUUGAUCUCAAGGUCUUAUUGCAUUAUAUCCAAAAUUAUUGGAUAGACACAAUUGGACCUCAAGGGUUUUCAGUUUAUGGCUUCAGUAUACAAACAAAUAAUUACUUGGAGAGUUUCCACAGUACUCUUCAAACAAUGUUCGGGCGUCAUUCACCAAUGUGGCCGUUUUAUGAAAAGUUACGUUGUUUUGAGAGGAAGGUCAGCAGGGAAUUUUACAAACCAUUAACAGCCAACAAAACCACACUAACCAGCAGAGAUAGGAAUAAUGCUCUCAUUGACAUUGCUAUACAGCAGAUAGUUUUGGGUCGUUAUGACGUGUUUGCCUUUUUGUGAUUUGACAUUGACGUUGUACAGCAUAGUUGUCAUAGAUGGGUAUACAUCAUAUAUUAGAUAAAGAAGAUUAUUAAUAGACUGUACUGUCCUAAUAAUGUAUGUAUAACUCAUAAAACAUUCAUUGGUAAAAUAUACAAAAUAUAUUGCUAUGCAAUAAUACAAAAUCGUAUUUUAAUAUAAACUUAGUGUGGAC